CUGCCCGCCGUGGCGGCGUCUCGGGCGGAGCGGGAUGAGGAGAAGCCGGGGGAGGAGGGGAGCGGCCUCCGUGGGUUCUCUCGGCCCCGGGCCGUUCUGGAGGGGUGGCAGCGGGGACAUGUCCGCGUUCUGUCAGGCUCCGGCUCUGCCUUCAGAGAGGGUGUGCGGAGAGAUGGCGUUCGGGGAAAUUCCUCAUAAACGAGAAGUGCUACUUGUGAUAGUGAAAUGUAACUCUUUAUUUGCCAAAUCAGAGGACCUUUAAGGGCCCAAAGAUCCUAUGUCAUCCCUGCCGGUUUUAAGGGCAGUGGGGGUGGAACGCUGACCCGUGUUUUAAGUUUUGAAAUAAAAUAAUUCCUGAAUGUGAGCCGGGGAGCGUGGAGGCGGGGAGCGAGCCGGCAAGGGCUGUCAGCGCUGGGGGACUAGAGGAGGUGCUGGCCCUGAUGCAGUAAUUAGCACGGAAUUAGCGGGAUGGAGCAUCAAAACUGGGCUUUCUUGCCAGACUAAGGCCACCUCUGCAUAAACUUGAGGAACUCGGGCUCUUUCAGUGAAAAUCUUCUCUAGCAGCACAGCAAACAUGCCUGAACAAAGCAACGACUACAGGGUGGUUGUGUUCGGAGCAGCAGGGGUUGGCAAAAGCUCCUUGGUUCUCCGUUUUGUGAGGGGGACUUUCAGGGAAACCUAUAUCCCCACGAUUGAAGAUACGUACCGGCAGGUGAUCAGCUGCGAUAAGAGCAUCUGCACCCUCCAAAUCACAGACACCACGGGAAGCCACCAGUUCCCUGCCAUGCAGCGGCUGUCGAUAUCCAAAGGUCACGCUUUCAUCUUGGUGUACUCUGUCACCAGCAGGCAGUCCAUGGAGGAUCUUCAGCCCAUCUUUGACCAGAUCUGCCAGAUUAAAGGGGACAUCCAGAAAAUCCCCAUCAUGUUGGUGGGUAACAAAAGCGACGAGAUGCAGCGGGAGCUGGAUGCCAGCGACGGGCAAGCGUUAGCCAGCAAGUGGAAGUGCUCCUUUAUGGAGACGUCAGCCAAGAUGAACUACAAUGUGCAGGAGCUCUUCCAGGAGCUCCUGAAUCUGGAGAAGAGGAGGAUGGUCAGUCUCCAGGUGGACGGGAAGAAAUCCAAGCAGCAGAAAAAGAAAGAUAAACUGCAAGGCAAGUGCUCUGUUAUGUGAUUGACUUUUGCUGGACUCGCACCGGUGCGUGGUGUAGUCGGAGCAGGGACUCCCACAGAAAAUACAUUUCUGCUGGAGGUUUCAGAGGAAUCCGUGCCUUAGAGGGCUGCUGCUUUUCCCGAAAAUCUCUGCUGGAUUAUUUGAUGUGUUGGUUUUAAAGAUAAUGGCUUUCUGCAUGUUUAUUUUUUUUAAAACAAUAAAUGUUAAAUGUCAGCAAUUACAUGUGACAGGAAGUUUUUAAUGCCAGAAGUUUACAGAAGAGAAAAAUGUCAGUCAGAAAUAUCUCCAUUCCUGCCAGUACAUGGUGGUUUUUAAGUAUUCCCAGUCUAUUAGCUCAAAAGAAAUCACAGUGUCUAUAAUAAUGUGUAUACCUCAAAAAUUGUUUUCAGGAAUCUAUUGACCAGGGCAAAUCUUUAACAAAGCUGCAUCUGCACUGCAAAUGAGCAUGGAUGUUGCUCCAGGUGCUUAUGUGCUUGGCAGACAGACUGGCUUGCCUACCAAAGACACAGUUUUUGUGUGUUAGAAUUUAAGUUUUCCUGUGUGCUGUGCAAUUCCUGAGACGUCUGUGUGUGAUUCCAGCUAUAUCUGUGUAUAAUCGAGCUGUUUGAUUUUUUUACCCCCUUUACUCUGACUUCCCCUGUUCCCUGAGGCCGGAGGUUCCGUGUGCUCUGGAUCCAAACCGGGGUGGUUCUCGGUGUCCUCAACCAUGAGCCGCCUCCUUCGGGAAGGUGAGCAGGGUGCUGUAAGUACCAGGUGAUGUUGGAGCUGCUUAUCUCAGCAAUUCACCUUUUCUUUCUCAAAAUUCACCUUUUCCUUCUCAACUGUCAGUCUGGUUUUGCACGUGGCUGAAGCUACUUUUGCCUGGAGUUCUCCUAGAUUUUUUUUUCCCCUUAUUUCAUCCACGUUACCUGGGUUUUGAGACUUACAACAACUCAGUUCAGGUAACACUGCUUCGAGAAGAAACAUCUACACCUGCAAGCUGCAUGAUUAAAGCAAAAUCCUCUCUGACAGAAAGUUUUAGCAGACAGUUUGCACGACUGAACAGACUGGAGACAUGGGCUUAGUCUGUCUCUUGUCUUCCUCACUCUGUUUGGGGUUUUUUUUGGCAUGAUAAGCCUCAUCUGCGGUGCAUGGUCAAGAAGAUUUCAAGAAAAUAAGUGCAAGUACUUGCUAUCAGCCUAUGUUGUAAUGUGCUUUAUGUAUUAGUCCCAGCAGAAGACUGUCAGGACUUCAGUGUCGCCCUGUAGGUUUGAUUUUUACAAAGCAACACAGUCUUGACGCAAGAGACGUGGGAGAGGGGAAUUGCUGCUUUUUAUAGCACUUUUCUAGUGAAGCGAUUUUAUUGUAGAACAAAAUAUGGAACAGGAGAUGCUGGAAAGUACAUUCCCUUUCUUACUUUGCAAGCAUUAUUGUCUAUUAAUAACUGCUGUUUUCUACAUAAGAUGCUAGAGAAGAGCCUUUUCACUGUUAUUUAUGUGUUGCAGACUGAUACGGAAAGCCAUGAAGUUUGUGUCCGUGUUAAUACCUCACAUAUUUGAACAAUCCUUACAGUCAGUGCUGGCUCCUGAUGCUCCACUGUCUCCUCUCUGUCCGUGAGCCGCUUUUCCGACCUCCUCAGGCCGUUCUCACGCACAUGUAAGGGGUCAUUCGGCUCCCUGUUUGCCCCAGUUCCAGCUCACUUAGUCCAGCAGAAAAUCUUGCUCAUUAUGAUUUCAGAAACCCAAGCAAGUUUUACGUGAGCGUUCAGUGCUGACUGAAACGGCCAUGAUGGCUUCGCUUGGCAAUAACUCUUGCGUUUUCCUCCCUAACUCUGCAUGAGUUUCGAGCCCUCUGUUCUUUCAUUCCCAAGCAGUUAUGAAAUGCUGCUCUGUGGGUCGUUUCUAGCAUCUGGCAAUUAUUAUUGCAAAGACUAUUUCAGUUCCACUGCAGCCUUUGAAAUCCCUAUAAGACAUUUUAUGUUUAAGCCUUUUCCAAAUGUCAGGAGACCUAAUAAUGUCUCUGCACCUCCCACUGCCUGUGUGAAGGCAGGGCGGUGUGUAGCUGCGAUUAUUCACCCAGCCGAGAUGUUCUGGAGCAUGUCAUUGGCACUGCGGUGUUUGCUUUGGAUGUGGUAGGGAAAUCACCGAGAACUGGGGUCCGGCAGAGCAAGAGGAACAACUAAUGUGAACGAAAGAGGCUCAGUACCUCCUGCACCAGGCAGAAUCGCUGGCACAUUCAACAAGAGAAGGUCCCAUGGGAUCACAGGGGUGAUGGAGAUGCUGGGGUGGAAAUAAUCGGUGUUUUGGGUGUGCAAGAUCAAUUGUGUUGUAAGUUAAAACUGUAUGAAUAAAUUGUGUGAUUUUAUUUGUUGCCAAACUAAA